GUUUUUAAAAAAAAAAAAAUUAUUCGUUUUGUGCUUAAAUUGAAUAAAAAUAAAAUGUCUGAAAAUUAUAAUAAAACUAUUGAGGACUUGACUGAAGAGUUUAUGAAAAUACAGAUAGAGUUGAGUGAGAAAGUGAUAACACAAGACAGCGAUGACUGGAUGUCUGAUUUGAAUAGUUGUGAUUUGAUCGCAGGUUUAGACAUCUCGUACUCGAAGACCGACAGUUGUUUAGGUUGUGUGUCGUGUGUUGUAUUGGAUGCCAACAAUCAGUUCGCUAUUGUCUACGAAAACAAUUCAAUUAUACGACUAACCAAUCAAUAUAUCGCAGGAUUUCUGGCAUUUCGUGAAAUUGAAUUUUUAGUCAAAGAAUAUGAAACUUUGAAACAAAAUCAACCAAAACUAUUGCCAAAGAUUUGGCUCAUCGAUGGUAACGGUUUACUACAUCCGCGAAAGUUUGGUUUGGCCUCACAUUUUGGUGUACUUACCGAUACUGCUGUCAUAGGUGUGGCUAAAAAUCCGUAUUACAUGAGUUUUGUUGACCAAUCUGUCAAAGAUGAACACAAGAGACGGAUAUUAAGUUUACAGAAAAUUGGCGAUCAGUUUGAUAUCAAAAACAGUUCCGGCGAUGAAGUCAUAGGAGUGGCUCUUAAGACUCGCAAUGAUUGCAAAAAUCCUGUUUAUGUAUCGAUCGGACAUAAAGUAUCGUUAGAGACGGCCAUUCAAGUGGUACUCAAGUGUUGUCUCUAUAGAGUUCCCGAACCCAUCCGUCGGGCGGAUAUUAUUUCCAGACAGCAAAUUAAUAAAUAA